AUGGAGAUUUUCUCCUUCAACCUCCUCCUCUUUGUCUCCUUCGUUAUUCUCUCCAAGCUUAUUGCAAUAAUUUACAGGCACAGAUGCCAACAUAAACUCCCUAACCUUCCUCCAGGCAAUCCAGGCCUCCCUUUUAUAGGAGAGAGCCUUGAUUUCUUGGCAAAAGGAUGGAAAGGUUGCCCUGAAAACUUCAUUUUCGAUCGAAUUCGUAAAUAUUCAUCCGAAAUAUUCAAAACAAACCUUUUUGGUCAGCCUGUAGUAAUCUUGAGUGGUGCUUCAGGGAACAAGUUCUUAUUCUCCAAUGAGAACAAACUUGUCGAAACGUGGUGGCCUGAAUUUGUGAACAAGAUCUUUCCAUCCUCAGUGGAAAGGUCACCCAAAGAAGAAGCAAAACGGAUGCGUAAGUUGUUUCCUCAAUUCUUGAAACCUGAGGCCCUGCAGAGGUAUAUAGAAAUCAUGGAUAUGGUUACUCAAAGACACUUCGCCUUGGAUUGGGAAAAUAAAGCUGAAGUAGUUGUUUUCCCUCUGGCAAAAAGCUACACAUUCGAGUUGGCUUGUCACUUGUUUCUAAGUAUUGAAGAUCCUGGCCACAUAGCUAGAUUUUCCCACCCGUUCGACCAUAUAGCCUCUGGUAUUUUUACCAUCCCCAUUGAUUUGCCUGCAACUCCAUUUAAUCGUGCCAUCAAGGCCUCUAACUUCAUCAGAACUGAGCUUUCGGCCAUUAUCAGACAAAGAAAGAAGGAUCUUGCUGAAGGAAAGGCAUCCCCCGCACAAGACAUAUUGUCACACAUGAUGUUAAGCUUUGAUGAGGAUGGACAGUACAUGAACGAGGUGGAGAUAGCUGACAAGAUUCUUGCAUUAUUGAUGGGUGGACAUGAAAGCACCAGUGCUGCUUGUACCUUCGUUGUCAAAUACCUUGCGGAGCUGCCUUAUAUCUACGAAGGAGUUUACAAGGAACAAAUUGAUAUCAUCAAAUCCAAAAAAACUGGUGAGUUGUUGAAUUGGGAGGAUAUUCAAAAGAUGAAAUAUUCAUGGAAUGUAGCUUGUGAAAUGAUGAGACUCUCACCACCAUUCCCUGGUAACUUUAAAGAAGCCAUCAAUGACUUUGCUUUCAAAGGUUUCUCCAUCCCAAAGGGCUGGAAGUUGUAUUGGAGUGCAAGCUCAACGCAUAAAAAUCCAGAAUACUUUCCUGAACCUGAAAAGUUCGAUCCUAGUAGAUUUGAAGGGAAAGGUCCAGCCCCUUACACAUUUAUUCCAUUUGGUGGAGGACCCAGGAUGUGCCCUGGAAGUGAAUAUGCUCGAGUGGAAAUUCUUGUUUUCAUGCACAACUUGGUGAAAAGGUUCAGAUUUGCUAAAUUGAUUCCAGAUGAGAAGAUAGUAUUCAAUCCAACCCCAAGACCUGCAAUGGGACUUCCAGUUCGCCUUCUUCCUCACAAAGCUUAA